AUGACACAUCAGGUGAAGAGCGCAGGUGAUGGAAGCUUCUCAGCAAAGUACAGCUUUUGGGGCUUUGGUCAAGAAGAUGUGGUUGGAUCUGAUGAGGGUGAGGCUUCCUACGUAUGGCCUCAGAGACUGCCAACGUUUAUGAACGUCAAGGUUUUUCAUCAUCAGCUUUUGCCCCUCCCGUUAGAAACCCCAGAUUCCCGCGUACACAGCCUCAGCGAUAGUCAAGCCUUCGAAAACCUGACUCGCCGUUCAUCAUUGGCUUUUGACCCUCUGAUUAGCCUCAGCGACAGCCAAUUCUUCAAAGACUUGACUAGUCUUUCAUCAUCGGCCUUUGAUCCCCUUGAUAGAACCCCCAGUCCCGCGCGUUUGAUCCUCUUGAUAGGACCCCCAGAUUCCCGGGUACACAGCCUCAGCGACAGUCCAAUCUUCGAAGUCUUGACUAGUCUUUCAUCAUCGGCCUUUGAUCCUCUUGAUAGUUCUCACGUACGCGGCCUCAGCAAGAGCCAUAUCUCCAUAAAGAUCUACCUGGCCCUUCAUCAUCAGCUGUGA